AUGGUCGCUCGUAUGCGUGCGUGGUGGACCGACACGCCCGCCAAGCUUCAUCUCGACAACUGCAACACCAUACAGCGAAUGAUAGUCGCGCCGCACAUCCCUCAUGCCACUCUCCUACGGACUGCCUUUGGCAACAUCUGCUCUCUGAUCGUGGAACACAAACUUACCGACGAGGACCUUCUUCGCCGGUUACACCGUCAACGCCACUUUCCGAUGCUACAGAGACUUGUCCUCUCUACCCCUGAUCCGGAGGCGUGGGGGCCACUGCCAUUCAUUUUCGACCCUAUAUUCACGACGGGUCUCCCCGUCAUCGAAGCGCCGGAGUUGACCGAUUUGCACUUGUGCACCCUCAUCGUCCACCUUCCGGAUACGUCCAAGCUCAGCAAACUGCAUUUAAGCAGCAGGAGUCGACGUAGAGAUCACCGUCCCCGUCCCCGAACGUGGAACAAAUGGCCGGCUGCCCUUGUGCACGAUCUGAUCGUGCGGAACAGCUCAUUGACGAUACUGUAUUUGAUCGAGGCCCUUCGCCACGAGACGUUGGACGAUUAUUUCACCCAGAUCGACCUACCCUCCCUCCGAGAGCUGGUGGUCUGUUGUCCGAACGAGAGGGAAUGCACUUGGGUCCUCGACUACAUUUCGUUUCCACCGGAAGCGUAUAUCGCCUUCCAUAUUGGUCACCGGGCGACCGCAGAGUUCGACGACGAGCAGUUCUAUUUCAGUUUAGGACUUGAACUUCGGCGACGCGCUUUCACUUCCAUCACAGCGGUGGCUUCAUUCAACCUGAGCGGCGUUCUCCUCAGUCCCGACGCGCGUAUCGCUUCAGAUCUCCCUGCGUAUGACGAAACGGAGGCACUGCUUCAUACCAGUGAGAUAGCCCACGCUAAGUAUCAUGCCGUACCUGGCGCGGUAGACGUCUUUAUCUCGUAUUCGUCAUCCCAUGUACCUGUCACUACGUGGGAAGAGAUCUACCACAAUAUGUCACCAUAUAUCUCGGAAGAUGACAUCAGGAUCAACACGGAAAACUCGCAACUCCUAGAUAACACCCUGUCUCUGGCCGCCGAAUUCCACAUAUUCAUCGAGGAGUUGCGCUUAUGGAGUCUGGGCACCGAAGGUUGCAUAUGGGAGAGCUUGGUGAGGGGUUUGACGGGAUGGUCACUUGGUAGUGACGAAGGGGGCGACGAACCCAUCGCGAACGACAUCGUUGAACUACUGCUCGCGAUGUAUCCGGACACAACCUGCAUCUACGAUUGCAGGACUGGUAACGGAUGGGAAGCUGAAUCGACGACCGAACUUGUGGAGGGUUUAUACGGACUGCGUCGGAUGGUUGUAUAG